AUGGCAGGCGGUGGUAAAUCCGUGGCUGAAAUAGCUGGACUGUUCAACACCCUGCAAGGACAUGUGGACGAUAUUCGAAGUCGCUUACAAUGCGGUAUCUGUAUACGACCACUCUAUGAGCCUUUCAGUCUUGCCUGUGGCCAUACCUUUUGUUACACCUGCCUGGCCCAAUGGUUCAGUGGCGGUCGAUCAAAGCGGACAUGUCCUGACUGUCGGGCAGCCGUCAAGACUCAGCCUGCGCCAGCCUAUCUGAUUCGAGAAAUCGUGCAGAUGUUCACAAGUCGCGCAGAGCUGUUGGACAGAGGGGAAACGACACACGAACACUUAGCCAACCGGCUCGCAGAGACGGAAAAGUUGGACCAGGACAAAGCAAAUACAAACCCCCAAACCGGUGGCCUGUUUGGCGGACUCUUCAAACCAAAAGGACCCGCUUUGAAACCUCUAGUCGACGUGGACGAUGGAGUCUUACGCUGUCCACGCUGUCAGUGGGAGCUCGAGGAAAAUUCCUGUGGAGGCUGUGGGUGGACCUACCGAGAGAACGACGAUGUGACCGAUCUCAGUGAAUCUGGUGACGACGACGAUGACUACGAUGAGGACACGGAUUUCGACUCCAUGGUGGACGGGGAGGAACCGGAUGAGGAUGCAUUUGGAUUCGACGAAGACCAAAUUUUUGGAGGACCUUACGGGCCGUACGGACCACAUUAUCUGUUCGGUGAUGGAGUGUCCGGCGGCAGCAUCUUUGACCCGCUGAUCCAUGCGUUGGAUAAUCGGGGCUACCACCGACGCUUUUGGGGGGCAAGACCUCCAGCUGACCCUUAUGACAGUCAUUUUGACGACGAAAAUGAGGAUGACUUUGAUGACGAGGAAGACGCCUACGACGAGGCAGACUCUUUUAUUGAUGAUGAGGAGAACCAAACUUUCCACCAAAAUGACUCUGAUCAUUCCACCGUGGUAGGAGAAAAUCGCCACCAUCCUCGAGGGCCUUCGGCUCGUCGACAUGGCCGACCCGUUGUAAACCUUGACUCUUCAGACGACGAAGAGAAUGAAGAGAAUGAACAUGACGAACGCGCCGCUUACAUGGGCCUGCUAGGAAGGCUUGCGGAGUCACGGAGUUCGUCUCUUGAUCCGACAGACACUUCCGAUCUUGAGACGGCGCAACGUUCUUUGCGUGAACAUCCCUCCAAUCGCAGCCUCAGGUCGCCCGACCCUACGCCUCAUUUUCAUAUUACGCGAUCAGCACCGCGUGUCUCGUCGUUCAUCAACGAUGAAGCGUCGGAAGAAGAAGAAGACCAUUAUGAGGAAGAAGAGGAGGAUCAAGAAGGCACCGUGUAUGACGAUAACAGUGACGAUGACGACGAAGACGAAAUGCCUAUUCAGCGGGGACGAUUUCACAAGCGGCAGGAAAUCCCUGCUUCAAGCGAUGAAAGUGAAGUCACAGGCAGCCCUUCUCCAAGUCCUGCAAGGCAUUCCAGGUUGACUGGCUCUUCAACCCAGAAUGCCAUUCCUGUUGCUGACUCCGAUGACGAGCAACCCGUUGGUCCUAUACGGAGAGCAACACAGAGACGCCACGCACGAUUUUCACCGUAUUGA